AUGAGAAAAGGAGACGACCGGUUUAAACCGGUUCACGAAGACGAACCGCUUUUUGUCACCGGGAGGAGAACCGGAAGAGUGAUAGCGUACCGGGUUUUCUCAGCCUCGGUUUCCUUUUGCAUCUGUUGGAUUUGGCUCUACAGAGUGACCGCACCACCGGUAGAGACUGAUGAAAACCGGACCGGUUUAGUUCGUCUCCUCGCUGGAACCCGGUUUGGCGGUUCACCUUCACCGAUAGACUAUCCCGGAGUCUUAUCCGUCGCGGCUCUUGAUUACCCACCGGAGAAACUAGCCGUGUAUCUCUCCGACGACGGUGGUUCCGAGCUCACGUUUUACGCUCUUGCCGAGGCUGCUGAGUUUGCUAAAGUUUGGGUUCCGUAUUGCAAGAGAUUCAACGUGGAACCGAGAUCCCCUGCUGCUUACUUGUCAUGCAAGGCAAGUGGUUUUGACUCGACUGAAACAGAGGAAGUAGCUAGGUUGUAUAAAGAAAUGGCGGCGAGGAUUGAAACGGCUGCGAGACUCGGACGAAUACCAGAUGACGCGCGUUUGAAGUACGGUGAGGGGUUCUCGCAAUGGGACUCUGACGCUACUCGCAGAAACCAUGGAACCAUUCUUCAAAUUUUGGUGGAUGGAAGAAAAGAGAAUACGUUAACAGUACCAACGUUGGUGUAUUUAUCGAGAGAGAAGAGGCCAGAGUAUCAUCAUCACUUCAAGGCUGGAGCCAUGAACGCAUUGAUUAGGGUUUCUUCAAAGAUCAGCUGUGGGAGAAUCAUACUAAACGUGGACUGUGAUAUGUACUCAAACAACUCAAAGUCAGCACGCGACGCGCUCUGCAUCCUCCUUGAUGAUAAAGAGGGAAAAGAGAUUGCUUUCGUACAGUUCCCUCAGUGUUUUGAGAACCUUACAAAGAAUGAUUUGUAUGGAAGCAUGAUGCGAGUAGGAUAUGAUGUGGAGUUUAAUGGAUUGGAUGGAAAUGGUGGUCCAUUAUACAUUGGAACUGGAUGCUUUCACAGAAGAGAUGUGAUCUGCGGAAGAAAGUAUGGAGAGGUAGAAGAAGAAGAAGAAGAAGAAUCUGAGGAUAUUUCAGAGACUGAGAUGAUUAAGGCUCUCGUGAGCUGCACUUACGAAGAAAACUCUCAAUGGGGAAAGGAGAUGGGUGUAAAAUAUGGUUGUCCAGUAGAGGAUGUAAUAACCGGUUUAGAGAUCAAGUGCCGCGGAUGGAAAUCAGCAUACUUGAACCCUAAAAAGAAAGCUUUUCUUGGGGUUGCGCCCACCAAUUUGCAUCAAAUGCUUGUGCAGCAGAGGAGAUGGUCGGAGGGUGACUUUCAGGUUCUGCUUUCAGAGCAUAGUCCGGUUUGGUAUGGCCAAGGAAAGAUCGGUUUAGGAUUGAUACUUGGUUACUGUUGCUAUUGCCUUUGGGCUCCAAGUUCAGUACCUGUGAUUCUUUACUCUGUUUUGACUUCUCUCUGUCUCUUCAAAGGCAUUCCUCUGUUUCCAAUGGUCUGGAGCUCGUGGUUUAUCCCGUUUGGAUACGUGACUGUUGCAGCUAACACUUAUAGCCUAGGCGAGUUCUUGUGGUGCGGAGGAACGUUACGUGGGUGGUGGAACGAGCAAAGGAUGUGGCUUUAUAGAAGAACAAGCUCGUUUCUUUUUGGGUUCAUGGACACGAUUCUGAAGAAGCUUGGGGUUUCUGAGUCUGCGUUUGUGAUCACAGCGAAAGUAGCUGAAGAGGAAGCUGCAGAGAGGUACGAGAAAGAGGUGAUGGAAUUCGGAGUGGAGUCUCCGAUGUUUCUCCUCCUUGGAACACUCGGGAUGCUCCAUCUUUUCUGCUUGGCCGCAGCGAUUGUGAGACUGGUGAUGACUUCUAGAGAUGCUGGAGGAGAUGUACAGACAAUGGGUUUGCAGUUUGUGAUAACAGGAGUUCUUGUGGUACUAAACUGGCCUUUAUAUGAAGGCAUGCUGUUGAGGAAAGACAAAGGGAAGAUGCCAAUGACCGUGACAGUUAAAUCGUUUGUCUUAGCUUUGUCUGCUUGCACUUGUAUCGCAUUUUUGUAA